UGGUCAAAACCUAGAGUGGCAAAAACAAAGUUUUCCCUAUUUACAACAUAAAUAUUCUGUAGAUAGAAAUGUUUCACGAAAGUUCUUUUUUUUAAACAUAUUUUUUUUUCUUUUCAGUUCAAAAUAGUUCAUAUUGUCGUGAAAGUUUGCACCCACGAAAUGAGCACAAAUUUGUAUCUAUGUAAAACGUAUUUGUUUUUGGACUCUUGGGAACAUUUGGUUGCACCCAUAUUUUACAUACUAAUGCCAUGCAAGCAUUCUAAAUUAAAUUAUAAAUUUAUGUUCCAUAGACAAAUAUCACUAUAUUAUUCAUCCAAAGUGCUAAUUCCAUGUUAUUAUCAGCAGUUUAAUCCGGAAAUAUUGAAUGAGACCAUGGGUGCUCUUUGGUUGAGGUAUCAACAACUUAAUCCAGAUCUCCAGCGAAGCUUCAAAUAUUGCAGUAUUUUCCCCAAGAGAUCCAAGUUAAGAAGGGAUGUGUUAGUUCGCUUGUGGGUAGCACAAGGGUUUAUAAAGACCAGUUGUGCAACGGAGGACAUGGAAGAUAUAGCUGAGAGUUAUUUUCAGGAGUUAGUGUCAUGCUCAUUUCUUCAGCAAGGAGGAGAAUGGCCUGAUUGGUUUACAAUUCCUGACUUGUUGCAUGAUUUAUUAGACAAGAUUAGUGGAACGGAAUGCUUCAGAAUCGAGAAUGCAAGGAGUCAGAGAGGAGAAGGAUGGAAAGGAGAUGUUCCCCAAGACGUCUGCCAUCUUCUUGUAGAGAAUUAUGAUGGAGAAUUGAUUACUGAAAAGAUCCUUGGAUUGGAAAAUUUACAAACACUCAUAAUUUAUGUUGUUGAAAAGGGUACUACAGUUGAGGAAAACGUCAUUGACAAUAUAUGCAAGGGGCUGCAAAAAUUGCAGGUACUGGCGGUUGCUUUUAGCCGGGAACAUCUUGAAAUCACCAAACCCAAGAAGUUCUCGAUACCAGAAUCCAUUGGCCAGUUAAAGGACCUAUGCUAUCUUUCUUUCAGGACAUUCGAAUGCACCGUAAUUUUACCAAGCACACUAACUAAGAAACUUCACCAUAUCCAGCUGCUGGACUUUGGUCGUCAUGGCCAUGGCCAAAUUUGGGAAUUUACACUUGAUAACCUUAUCAACCUGCGGUACAUAAUUUGUGAGAACUUGGAAUGUCCGAGCAUAGGCAGGCUUAUCUCACUCCAAGCGUUACCAAGCAGCAGG